CCUUUCUGCUAAAUAUUUAUCGCCGAUUUUACGCAGAAUGUUUAAACGUCGAAUAUAAGAAUUCGCGUCUAUAAGGCACUGAAGAACUUAUUUCAAUUUUACUUUUUAUCUCGCCUCUGACAUUCGAAUACAUAUGUGAUAAACGUUGUUUUGGAUGUAGUUUAUAACCUCUUUAUAUGAAAAUGUUUUGUUACCAGAAGUCACAGUAUCAACAAAGAAGGAAAUAGAAAAGUACUGGAGGGACAAAGUUAAUCCUUGCAAAUAUAGCGCUAACGACAAUGCGAAAGAUAAAUUUUAUGUCCUCUCCAUGUUCCCCUAUCCGUCUGGCGCCCUGCACAUGGGUCACGUGAGGGUUUACACGAUAAGCGACACUGUGGCUCGAUUUUACAGACUGAAAGGUAAAGAUGUGAUACAUCCCAUGGGGUGGGACGCGUUCGGAUUGCCAACGGAGAAUGCUGCCGUUGAGCGGAAGAUCGAUCCUGUUGUGUGGACGAACGAAAAUAUAACGACGAUGCGGAAUCAAUUGAACAUGUUGAACUACACUUUCGACUGGGAGCGAGAAUUCGCGACGUGCGAUCCGGAGUAUUACAGGUGGACGCAGGAGUUGUUUCUCAAGUUGUUCGACAAAGGUUUGGCCUAUCAGAAGGAAUCCUACGUUAACUGGGAUCCCGUCGAUCGGACUGUGUUGGCCGAGGAACAGGUGGAUCUCAAUCAACGGUCUUGGAGGUCUGGCGCGCUCGUGGAAAAGAAACUGCUGAAACAAUGGUUCAUCAGAACGACAGCCUUCGCAAAAUCACUGCUGGAGGACUUGGACGAUUCGACUUUGAAGGAAUGGAGGGACAUCGUAAAGAUGCAGAAGCACUGGAUAGGCGACUGCGACGGCAUUAAUUUCGAUUUCCAAUUAUUUUCCGAUAUUCCCAACUUCCCCAAGACGAUAAACUUGUGGACCGACAUGCCGGAAUUCGUCGAGUACGCGAAAUUCGUCGCCGUGUCGCCCGCGAGUAUACUGCACCGUGAAGAGCACACGUACGACGUGGACGCCGGCAUAAAGGCCCUGGACGCGGAGGUACUGAAUCCAUUUUCCGGUGAGCCGCUGCCGAUCUUCGUCACCGACAAGGUCGUUUAUCCGCCGUGGCGGCAGUCACGUUUGGGCAUACCCUCUGCCUCGAUGGACGAUCUCAAGUUCUCGGAGGCGGUCGGAAUACCAUUCACCCGUCACUCGAUACGCAGUUACGAGCAGCAGCAGCAAAAGAUCACGGAAGUGCUCGGCAAGGCGAAGGAAUGGGGGAUAGGCGGGUACCCGGUGAGCUCGAGGCUGCAAGACUGGCUGAUCUCGAGGCAGAGGUACUGGGGCACUCCGAUACCCGUUAUUCACUGCGCGACUUGCGGCACGCUGCCGGUUCCACGUGAUCAACUUCCCGUGACGUUACCGAGCUCGACGUCGUGUCCGUCCAACGGUCUCUCGAGCCGCGAUAUGAAGGACUGGCUGCAGACCAAGUGUCACAAGUGCGGGGGAGACGCGAUCAGAGAGGCCGACACGAUGGACACGUUCGUGGACAGCAGCUGGUACUUCCUGCGGUUUCUCGAUCCCAGAAACACGAGGGAGAUGUUCUCGGCGGAGAGGAUCAAGGAGAGCUUUCCCGUGGAUCUUUACAUUGGAGGAAAGGAGCACGCUGUGCUUCAUCUCUACUACGCCCGAUUCAUGAGCCAUUUCUUGCACUCGGAGGGCCUGGUACCGUGCCGGGAACCGUUCAGACAGCUCCUCGUGCAGGGUGUAAUAAUGGGAAGAACGUACAAAGUCACGAGUACCGGCAAAUACGUCUCGGAGACGGACGUAGUGAAGGAGAACGAUCAGUACGUUACGAAAUCGGGCGAGCCCGUGUCCGCGAACUGGGAAAAAAUGUCGAAAUCGAAGCACAACGGGGUCGAUCCCGUCAACUUGCUGGACAAGUACGGAGUGGACACAACCAGGUUACUGGUACUGGCUGAUGUCGCGCCGACGUCCACCAGGAACUGGUCAGAGGACACUAUUCCUGGUAUAAUAAACUGGCAGAAACGCCUCUGGCUCACCGUUAAACAGUUUAAAUCCGAGCGCGACGAUACGUCGCUGGAGGAACUUCAACGAGAACCCACCGAUCGCAAAUACGCCGAGCAGGCCGCGUACAUGUUCGACAGUCGGAAUUAUUUCUUGAAAACCGUGACGUUCAAUAUAAUAGAAUCGCAGCAGCUCAGCGUGGCGAUAUCCAGGAUGCAGGGUCUCACGAACAGCUUGCGGAAGGUCAGCAAAGAGUGCUCGAGAAAGAGCCUUCAGUACGAACGGGCGUUGGCCGCGCAAAUUAUAAUGCUCGCCCCGUUUGCUCCGCACUUCGCCGCCGAGCUGUGGGCGAAUUUCUGUUCCGUGAAAAAUCAUCUCAUAGACGGGAACGAGGUCAGUCUGGACAAGAAUGUGUUCGAGCAGAAGUGGCCGGAGAUCGACAUGGAUUACAAGCUCGUGUUAAAUGUUUACGUAAACAACCGCCAGAUUAUGAAACUGAAGAUUCCGCGAUGCACGUUAGACGCGAUGACGACGCAGACAGCGUUCGACCACGUGAGCCUCGAACCGUCGUAUCAACAGCACACAAGGAAUAAGGAUGUAUCACAGAUCAAUCUUCAGUCAGAGAAAGGCUGUGACGCGUCGUUGUACGUAACCAUGGAAGAACAGAAGGAAGAUGUGGCGUUAUAACUUCACUUCCGCUGACGCGUACGCAAUGAGGUAUCGAUAAUAAUAUUUCAAAACAUAUUUAUUGAUACAUUUAUUGAUAUAUUAUGUCAGAAAGAGAUACGUCUUUAAUAAUAAGAGAGAAAUGUUACGUUUCAACAAAAACUGUUG